AGAUUUUCACGAGAGGCUGAGAUGAAAAACAAAGAGGAAAAGGGUCCAGAUCAGGGUCUAGAAUAGUUCCUGUUUAAAAGUAUAGUUUUGUCAUCAUUCUGGCUUUUUCAUUCACAUCUAAAACUGAAAUGCCACAGUAGCUGCCUUAGUUAACCCCAUAAACCAUUCAAUCAAAGCAAAUAUGCUGCAUCUGCGGUUUUGUUCCCCUGUAAGGUGUGAAGACACAGUCAGCUUUACUGUGGUGCUGAUAGUAAAUGAUGAAGGAGUGAUAAAGUACAGUAUAAGCAUAAAGGCCUUUUUAAGUUUUGCAAAGAAAAUACAGCUAUGAUUGGUUUGAACACUCUGUACUUUUUGGACGCAAAUAAAAUAGCAGGAAGAAUGUAUUUUACAUUGGGUACAACCCUGUUUCACACAUUUACGAUCACAUGGUCAUUGCCUUGCAUCCUCCACAAUGUAGUUUAUGCACAUGUGUUAAAGUUAGUUGGAACUGAAGAAGGUCACAUUCUGUAUCCGGAGAGAGAAAAAAACCACAGCUAGCACAGUUUCACAUCAGAACAGUCCAGUUUUAAAGGAAAUUACUUUUGUACUUUUGUAUAAGUCAGCAAAGCACAUUUGCAUCGUCAGGUGUUUCUUUUUUUUUUUUCUUCUAUGAUUUACAAAGUGUUUCAUGGCUCAACAAAAUGUUCAGGCGUCACACUGUUGGCUCACCCUGCAGUCACUUCUUUUCAGUCACUCUGUUUAUUCUCCACGCUUUCUUCCUUGUGUUCCCCAGAGUCUUCUCAGCAAAUGUGUAUGAAGAGGCUGAAAAAAUGUUGACCAUUGGAAUUUUUUUCCUUCUUUGUCCAAUGAAUCUUGUCAAAACACAUAAAAGCUCACAACAAGAUGGUGCUUUGGUGUUUAUUAAGGAAGGAGACAGUAUCACCAUUGCUUGUCAUUACCAGAGUGAAAUGGCCAUGCACUUCUCCUGGUACAAGAACAAACUUGGUCAGAAGCCUGAACUCAUCUCCACUAUAUACAAAUACGAUGUGAAAGCCACAUUCUAUGGUGAAUUCAGGAAUAACACUCGGUUUAACAUGGUGAAUGGGAAGGGUGUAACUCACAUGGUGAUCACAGACUUACGGCUCUCUGACUCUGGCACAUAUUACUGUGGAAGUGCUCAUUCCAACAUAGUGGAGUUUGGGGAAGGAACACAGCUGGUAGUAAGAGCUUUACAGUUGCAUAGCCUGUCUGUACUCCAGCAGCCCACAUUACAGCCAGUUCACCCAGGAGACUCUGUGACUCUGGAGUGUACAGUGCUCAGUGAGAGUAGUUCAAGACAACACAGUGUGUACUGGUUCAGACAUGGAUCAGGAGAAUCUCAUCCAGGAAUCAUUUACACUCAUGGAAACAGGAGUGAUGAGUGUAAGAAAAGCUCUGAGGCUGAUUCUCCUACACAGAGCUGUGUCUACAAACUCCCCAAGAGAAACCUCAGCCUCUCUGAUGCUGGAACUUACUACUGUGCUGUGGCCAUGUGUGGAGAGAUCAUCUUUGGGAAUGGAACAAUGCUGAAUAUAAACAGUAAUGGUGUGGAUUGUUCCGAGCAGAUGCACAUCUUGGUUCUUCUUUCUAUCAUACGAACUGCAGUUUUCUUUUUAAGUGUUGGUGUAAUCAUCAUAUACCAUUGUGUAAGUCAAAGAGCAAAUACAAUGAGAUCUGAUUCACUAUUACUGUCUAGAGAGUCUACCAAGAAAAACACUUUGCCCGACUGUAAAAAGAAUAGCUGCUGAACGCCAGCAUAGAUAAAGACUAAUUAAUAUCAGUUUUAGUCCAUGUUACUGUAUUGUAACUGUUUAUAUGUUUGAGUCAAUGUUAAAAUGUCAAAGUAAAAAAAAAGUUCUGUUAAAAUUUUUAUAA